AUGUAUAAAUACAAAUAUAUAUAAAGAAGAUAUAUUUUAUUGAUUUUAUUACUUUUAAAUUGUUUAGGAAAUAAUUAAUUUCAUAAAAUAUAAAUUAAUUAGAUAAAUAAAAGAAUAAUACUAAAGAGAAAAAAAAAAAUGAUUUAAAAUAGAAGUAAACAUUUUAGUUUAGAAGAAUUUAUGCACUCUUCUAAAGCAUCGUAUACAAAAUUAAAGAUUAGAAUAGAAAAAGGAAAAAUAAACCUAUUUCUAACCUAUAAUUAAUAUUAUUAUGGAAUGAGUCAUGAAGCUUUUUUAUAGUUAAGUUCUUCUUUAUCGGACUUCAUAAAUCUCCAAAUUUUAGAUUUAGACAUAUGGGAUAGCUAAUUAGAUGGUAAAGUAUUAUCUGCUUUUGGUAAUAAUCUUGCUAAGUUAAGCAAUCUCUAAAAUAUAAAUUUCAGAUUUUCUUAAUGUUAAUCUGAAAGCGCACUAUCACUAUGCUCAAGUCUAUCUAAAUGCAAAAAAUUGUCCACUUUAUAAAUCUAAUUUUGUGACAUUUAAAUUGGACACAAAGGUGCAUAAAAUUUAGGCUCUACUUUAGAGAUGUGCAAAAAUAUAGUUAAUUUGACCCUAGAUCUAAAGAAUUGCAAAAUUGGAAAAUAAGGUAUAAUAUUUUUAUGCACUGCCUUCUAGAACUGUUAAAAUCUUGCUAACUUGAAUUUGGAACUAAGAUAAAAUAAAAUUGGUGAUGAAGGUACUUAAAUUUUGGGUGCUGCUUUAAGAAAAUGUAAAAAUCUAUCAAAGUUUAAAAUAGAUAUUAAUGUUGGAGCAUAGGCUGUUUUUGAUUUAUGUUCUUUAUUAGCUGAAUGCAAUAAACUAUCAGAUUUAGCCCUUAUUUUAGAUUACAACAAUAUAGGAGCAUAAAAUAAUAUAGGGUUUUAGAAAGCCUUUACUAAUUUCUCAAAGCUCACUUCUAUGAAUCUUUAACUUACUCGCAAUAGCUUAGGAGAGAAAGAAGUAUCUGAUCUAGGCUUUGGUAUAAUUAACUGCAUCAAUCUAUCCACUUUGGUACUUAAUCUGGAAAAAAAUAAAAUUGGCUAAGUAGGAGCUUCUAUUUUAGGUACACAUUUAUCAAACUGCAACAGUCUUACUACUUUAAGCCUUGAUAUAUAGGAGAAUACAAUUUGUGACAAAGGUGCCUCAGCAAUAGCUUUUGGUUUAGUAAAAUGUGAAAAUCUCUAAACUCUGAAACUUGAUCUCUCUUAAAACUCAAUUGGAGUGUAGGGUGCUUCAAAUUUAGGUUCUAGCUUGGGAAAUUGCAAAAAUCUUUCAACUUUAAAUAUCAAUCUUAGACGAAACCGAAUAUAAGCUACUGGAUUACUAAAUUUUAAUCAAGGUUUAUUUAAGUGCAAUAACCUUCAAAUUUUAGAUCUUAACUUCGAAAGUAAUGAUGUUGGCAAAAGGGGUUCAUCUAAUUUAUUUUAAGACCUUACCAAAUGUGAAAACAUUUAUAAAGUAUAAGUCAAUCUAGCUUUUACUUAUAUUGGCAGUCCAGGAGCUUUUAGUUUAUGCCAUGGUUUAGGGAAGUGCUCCAAUCUCAAAAUAUUGUUUCUUGAUUUAAGUAUAAUAGAUAUCUAUUAUGAUGAAAUAAUUGAAUUAAUUUCUGUAAUAGCUAAUUACAAGUAUCUCACUAGUUUAACAAUAUUAUUGAGUAGGCAUCGCAUUGAUUUCGAAAUGUACUAAACUUAAAUCUUAAAUAAAUUGCUAUUAAUUAAGAGGUUAGUGACAAUUUUUUACAGAUUUUGA